AUGCCUCGACCUUCUUCCCUUGGGCGGACGACGACUCCGCCUACGACGACUGCCAACUCGUCUUCAGCUAACAACGGUGCUGCACCCCCCGCCGCCGCUUCAAGUACGACAACGGCUCCAGCGACGACGACGGUUGGCCCGUCACCGUUUGCGCCACCGUCGGCUCGGGCAGCGGCCGCGGCCGCUGCUGCUGCUGCUGCUGCCAAUGCGGUGCCUCCUGCGACGCCGAGCAAGAUUGUUGUUGUUGACCCUGCGUUGACGUCCUCGCCGACGUCUGUAGCGGCUGCUGCUGUCGCCGCGGCCAACGCAGCUGCCUCCUCUGCGUCCAGCUCCAACAACGCCAAGCCGAUAGGCCCCCACACGAACGCAGCGGGCGGUACGUGUCCUGGCGAUGGGCGGUGCGAUGGUACAGGCGGAACGAGCGCGUGCAGCGGGUGUCCGACGUACAAUAAUGUGUUGGCAUUAACGGCUAGGAUCGAAAGUGCGAUGCAGGCUGCAGCUGCGUCGUCUGAAGGUGGUGAAGGUGCGGGUGGUGAGGACGGUGCGGAGGAUGUGGUUAUGAUGAUGGUGAAAGAUGGCGGUGAGGACGGUGUGCCGGGUUCGCCGGGUGCGGGCGUCGACAGUGAUGCCAGUGGUGCGGUUGGUGUUGCUAGUGCCAGUGCGGGUGGAAGUGCGAGUGUAGGUGCCAGUGCAAGUGCGGCGGCGAACCGUAAGGCGCGCCCGGCUGUUGGUGCGCUUUGCUGUGCGAAUUGCGGGACGAGUACGACUCCACUUUGGAGGAGGGAUGAUGUGGGGAAUAAUAUUUGUAAUGCUUGUGGUCUCUACUUCAAGCUGCACGGAACCCACCGCCCCAAUUCUAUGAAGAAGACCGUCAUCAAGCGACGGAAGCGAGUGCCCGCUGCGCCUGGUGCACCUGGUGGCAUUAGUGUCACAGGCCGUAUGUCGGAUCAAGCGGCCGCUGAGGCGCUCGUGGCUGUCGGCCGUGUCAAUCUCUCACCUGGUGGCAAUGCCGAGGACAGCGACGGUGAAGGCGACGACCAGCCUAAGAAGAAGCGUACGAGGCGAACGGGCAAGAUGUCACGUGACAAGGACGAUGAUGUGCUCAUGGACGGAGACGACGACGAAGAUCCGAGAGAACAGCAGCAGCAACAGUCGCAGAGAAAGAGGCGUGCGCCUGGCGGUGGUGCUGCUGGGAGCGUCAAUGGAUGGAACGGCGGUGAACGCUCGGCGUCGCCGCACAGGGCGCCGUCGCGGAACCAGGAGUACCUCCCGCGAGGCGGAUUGCCCGCGUUCCCUGUUGCCGGACCCGGAUUCGAGCUUCCGUCGCUGGCGGCGCUGAACAAUGGCGGAGCAGCAUUCUUGGGCAGUGCGAGUGCGCCUUCUAGUUAUAUCCGUUCGGGAUCCAAUGCGCCAAGUAGGACUCACUCGCCUUUAGGACCUGCUGGAUCGUCGGCGGCUGGUGCUGCUCAACAGCAGCAACAGCAACAGCAAUAUUACGCUGGAGGACCUGGAGCCGUUGGAGGAGGAGGUGGGUCGCCGCACAGCGAGAUGUCGAGUUUGAUGGUCGCUGCUGGCGUUGCUCUUGGAGGUCUUGGUAUACCGAGCUACAUGGACCUGGAGAGGCACUACUUUGAGCUCUCCGAGCAGAAGAGGAAGUGGGAGGAGAUGAUGGAGAGGACCGACAGGAUCAUGGCCGGCGUGAAGAGGACGUUGGAUGAGAUGAGAGGAUUGGCGGCGCAGGCACAACAGCAACAACAACAGCAUUCGCCUAGUCAGAUCCAUCAUCUCCCAGCGGGUAUUCAGCAACAGUCGUUGCCACCACCACCAGGAUCGAGGAGGCAGUCGCCUCAGCUUGCGGCUGCGUCGCAGUCGUCGCCUGGAUCGUCGGCGGCCACGACGAGCGGUGCGGGACCUGCAGUCGCUGCCCCUGCAGCUGUUGUCGCUCCUGCUCCUGCUCCUGCUGUUCCCCUGAACAAGCCUAGCUCCAACGCGGACCGCGAGAAAGCUCCGAUAUGGCCUAUCAUCGAUUCAACUGCUACUCGUGAUUAG